GACUUUAGUGUCAGUAGUUGCCGGUCUCUUUUGCUGUAAAGUUGUACCUGACUUAAUGCUCCCAUUUCUGAUAACAUUAAUUUCCUAUCUGACUGAGUCUACAAUCGUAAUGAGCGGAAACCUGGAUUACAAGGCGGCGACGUCGAUCUACGACUUCGAGGCUAACUCUAUCAAAGGGGACGUAGUACCCUUGUCGAAUUACAAAGGUCACGUCUGUCUGAUUGUUAAUGUUGCAUCGAAGUGCGGACUUACCGAGACUAAUUACAAAGAGCUCAAUGAACUUUAUGACAAAUACGGAGAGUCCCAUGGUCUUAAAAUUUUAGCAUUCCCAUGCAAUCAAUUUAAUGGUCAAGAGCCAGGUGACAGUGAGGAAAUUUGCAGCUUCGCCUCGCGUAAGAAGGUGAAAUUUGAUCUGUUCGAGAAAAUUGAUGUCAACGGUGAGAACACCCAUCCCUUGUGGAAGUGGUUGAAGAAGGAGCAGGGCGGUACUCUGGGGAAUUUUAUCAAGUGGAAUUUCACGAAAUUCGUCAUCGACAAAGAGGGAAAGGCUGUUGAGAGGCAUGGACCUAAUGUGGAUCCACUGAAAAUUGCUUCGCAUCUUGAGAAGUACUUUUGAGGGAGCACCUCAGUCACUUCCUGCUGCACGGUUGUGAUUGAACAUUUUAAAUUAAACACGCACCACCGAGUUUAAUCAUUAAUUCAAAAAUAUGUAUUCCACAUACUCACGUUUACAAUUGGAGUAUUACUUUUUAUUUCGUUUGUCACGCUUGUAAUUCAAACUCGGCGGAUUUUUAUUUCUUUUCUACUUUUUUUCAAAAUUCAUGGCUCGAGAUUUUUCACGUAUGAAUUGAGAUUUCAAUUGCAACCAUUACUGGGAAUUUGUACUAUCAAAAUGCAUUCAAAUAAAUGAAUACAAUCAUUUAAACUACA